AAGCCCGGAAACCCGGAAGCCCGGAAGCCCGGAAGCCCGGAAGCCCGGAAGACCGGAAGCCCGGAAGACCGGAAGACCGGAAGACCGGAAGCCCGGAAGACCGGAAGACCGGAAGACCGGAAGACCGGAAGACCGGAAGCCCGGAAGACCGGAAGACCGGAAGACCGGAAGCCCGGAAGACCGGAAGCCCGGAAGACCGGAAGCCCGGAAGACCGGAAGCCCGGAAGACCGGAAGCCCGGAAGACCGGAAGACCGGAAGCCCGGAAGACCGGAAGCCCGGAAGACCGGAAGCCCGGAAGACCGGAAGCCCGGAAGACCGGAAGACCGGAAGCCCGGAAGACCGGAAGCCCGGAAGACCGGAAGCCCGGAAGACCGGAAGCCCGGAAGACCGGAAGCCCGGUAGACCGGAAGCCCGGAAGACCGGAAGCCCGGAAGACCGGAAGCUUUUUCCGGCUCCCCUCUCGGGAGCCCCGAGAAAGGGAGAACUGA